UCUGUUAUAUAAAUUACUUCUCAUUCAUUACGAUGUAAUAUUAAAUGAGACGAGUUGCGCGCGAUCAUUGAUAUUCUGUGCACGUGAACAUUUCUAUGGAUACAAAUGUUCACAACAAAGCGCGAUUCAUUGGUAUUGUUUCAUUGUUUAGCGAGUUUUCUAAACAGAUUUUCCGAUAUGAUCGAUCUCUCCUCCAUUCGAAAAUUACAAUUGCCACGGUGUUCGUUUAGAUUAAUUCGAAGAAAGAAUUCUUUUAGCUCAAGAGGACUCAUCGGCGUAUUAAUAACGACAUGACGAUCUAUCUAUUAUACGCUGCGCUAUACUGCUACUGUACAUAGAAUGCGUAUGGGUAAACGUUUAGACAGACAUACUAAUAAUGCAUUUUGAUUGAAGAUAACGGUUUGUCGUAAACAUUAAAAAAAAAGGGAUUCUCGAACAUGCACGGUUUACGAGCUGGACAUAACAUUGGUGAUCUUGGUACCAGUCGAUGGUUGGAAGCGCUUUGGGAACCAGCAACCCGAUUAUACACUUUACCAAAUGCGCUCGAUAUGUUAGACGUAAGCGGUGAUGGAGAUGCUAGACUCGUCUGCGUCGAUCUAGGGACCCUCGGCGUCAAUUCGCCUAAAAUAAGAGUUUAUAAAGGAGGUGACCAGAUAACAGAACACAACAUGAUAGAUCCACCCUGUGGAGUGGUUGGAUUUUACACAGAAAAUGGAGAACCUCGAUCGUCCGUACUGGCGGUGGGUGUUGGUUCUAGCGUCUACAUCUUCAAAAACAUGAGACCGUAUUUUAAGUACUGUUUGCCACACAUUGACGUACACCCGAAGGAACGGGAGAUUUGGCAUAAGGCUGGAAUGGACGAGGAAUUGAACGUGUUAACACUGGCCGACGAACUGGAUUUAUUGUUAAAGGAACUCGGAGCGGGAUUUAUCUCACCGCGAACGUUAAAAUUCCUAUCCAUGGAUCCGAAUUUGAGGUCUAGCUUCGCGGAACAAUACAGAAGAGUUCCACUGAUUAAAAGUAAUGCUUUGACCGCGAUUUCUGUGAUUCGAAGAGACUCGUGGAACGAUCCAGCGAGUAGUUGUCUCGUGCUGGGCACGGAAUUCGGAGAAGUACUUAUUUUGGAUCCUCGAACAUUUUCUGUUAUGGAUAAACAUUUGUUGGAAUGGCCGCCGGUCGCUUUCGCGUGUACAGGUUUAUGGACCGGCGAUGGGAGUGUAGUAAUCGUUGGAAGAGAUGGUAAGAUAGGCGCGAUAAGAAGAGGAAGACCCGUGAAACUUUGGGAAAAAUUAGCAUCGCCGGCUGUAGCCAUUUCAGCCCUUAAUAACGGAAGCGUCGCGGUUACCAUCAUGGAUAGCACUUUGAUCGGCUUCUCUAGGAAGGGAAUUAAAAUUUGGCAUGUUCGUGUUCCGGGUGCGAUUUUGGAUUCGGUGAGUUUACCAGUUCCGCAAAUUGGCCUUUCUUUGCUCGCUGUGAGUACCGCUGGUUAUGGCAUCCGCGUGUACGACGGGAAACAUCACGUGGACACGUUAAAAAUCAUGGAACCAGUUUCUGCGAUGAAGUACGGUAAAAUGGGUCAAGAAGAACGAACGAUGGCGAUGGUCACCGUGGGAGGUGGACUGUGUGUAAAAAUUCUAAAACGGACUGCGGACUUCAAUAUUCACAACGCGAUAUCCAAUUUACCGUCAACUGAUAGCACCAAAUUUUUAGUACCGAAGAAAACGCGAUUGUUCGUUGAGCAAACGAUACGAGAAAGGUCAGAAGCGAAGAAGAUUCAUUCUACUUUUCAGCAAGGUCUUCUUCGACUGAGAUUGAUGGUAGCCAAAAAAUUAGUCGAAUCUUUGAACGAUAGUCAAGUCGCGGGACCACAUCUGCUUACCAUGGAAGCUACCGUUUUGGGAUUGGGACCCAAUUAUCAGAUUCGUAUUUUAUUGACGAACAUAUCCGACCAAUUGUCCGAUACGGACCUGUACAUCGUUUGCAGAAGCGAAAACACGGAAGUGAAACCACGAGUGAUGGACGUACCUUUGUUACCAAACGCCAUUUCCAUUCCUAUGAUGAUCAAUGCGAUUUUGAAGAGUAACAUUUCCGGAAGGAUAGAGAUUUUGUUGUGUAAGAAAUCGAAAACGAAACCAGUAACCGUGACCACGGUAGUUUUACCUGCUGCCGAAGAAGAUAUCGAAGUUUAAUCUUCUAGAAAGUAGAAGUCUAUGAAAAGAUAUUUUUUAUGUGCUUUGUAUAAAAAUGUUCAUAUAUUACGUUGUAGUAUUAUAAUAUAUCGUUGUGUAAAUAUUGAUUGGGAAAUGUUGAAGAAAAUUUUGUAACUGUAUUAUAAAAAGCCAAGAAAAUGUUGCGCUAAGGAUA